AUGAGGCCUAGACCUCUGGCUAUUCCAAGGGCUGGCAGACUCUUUUCGACUGCUCCUAGAGUCCAAUUUAGUCAGUCUUUCCUAAGACUACAGAAAGCCCCAAAGGAAGAAAAGAGCAAAGAUGAAGAUAGCAAACCCAAGUCAGAGGAUAAGCCCGAAAAGGAAGAAGAAGAUCCAGAGACCCGAAGAUACAAGGAGGAGGAGAAGAAAUUCCGUGAGGAGUUGCGCCAAAAGCAGGAGUCCUCAAGAAAGCAGAAAGGCAGAGAUGCCUCUUUAUUCAGCAAGGAAGGUCUCAGUCUCGUAUUGAUUUGCACUUUAUUCACGAUCCCUCUAACGUUUUACGCCACCGUGUCACAGUCCAACAAGCGUGAUGAAUUAUCAUUCCAAGCCUUCAAGACCCGUUACCUAGAGAAGGGUCUCGUCAAAAAGCUCACUGUGGUGAACCGUUUUGCCGUCGAAGCAGAACUAGUCCCAGGAGCUUUCUCUGACGAGACUUCUCGUGAUAUGAAUGGUAACCCAUUCGUGGUCUUUACCAUCGGUUCCGUGGAGGUGUUUGAAGAAGAGAUGAAUGCCACCCAGGACAAACUAGGUAUCCCCAUCCAGGAAAGGCUCCCAGUUUCCUAUAUUGAGCGUGGCUCCUGGCUCAACAUGAUCAUGCCAAUCCUCCCCACUGUGCUCUUAAUCGGUGGUCUCUGGUACAUCAGUGUACGGAAGGCACCACAAGGCGGCGCAGGCGGUGCGGGUGGUAUCUUCAAGAUUGGCAAAUCUAAGGCAAAACUCUUCAAUCAAGAAACCGACGUCAAGAUUAAAUUUAAAGAUGUUGCUGGAUGCGAGGAGUCGAAGGAAGAAAUCAUGGAGUUUGUCAAGUUCCUUCAAGAUCCUGUCAAGUAUGAGAAACUCGGAGCCAAGAUUCCAAGAGGAGCUAUCUUGUCUGGUCCCCAGGUACAGGCAACUGCUGGUGAGGCAGGUGUACCCUUCUUGUCUGUUUCGGGAUCGGAGUUUGUCGAGAUGUUCGUCGGUGUAGGUGCUUCUCGUGUGAGAGAUUUGUUCAAGACUGCCCGUGAGAUGGCUCCAUCCAUUAUCUUCGUUGAUGAAAUCGAUGCCAUUGGUAGAGAGAGAGGCAACGGUCGUGUUGCUGGUAACGAUGAAAGAGAAAACACAUUGAACCAGUUGCUUGUCGAAAUGGACGGAUUUGAAGCUUCGGAUCAUGUUGUUGUUCUCGCUGGUACUAACCGUGUUGACAUCUUGGACAAGGCCUUAUUGCGUCCAGGUCGUUUUGACAGACAUGUCACGAUUGACACACCUGACAUCGAGGGCAGAAAAGCCAUCUUCAAGGUCCACUUGAAUAAGCUUACAUUGAAAUGCGUUGAGGAUAUCAGAGCAUCCCAAAGUGAUGUUGACUUCAACAAGUACCAACAAUUGAUUGAUGAAGCCACCGAUAACCUUGCUGGAAGAUUGGCUGCGUUGACUCCUGGAUUUGCAGGUGCUGACAUCGCAAACUGUUGUAACGAGGGUGCUUUGAUUGCUGCUAGAGAGGAUGACACUGCCGUCGAUGUUCACCACUUCGAACUGGCUAUCGAAAGAGUCAUCGCCGGUCUCGAGAAGAAGUCAAGAGUUUUGACACCAGAUGAAAAGAAGACCGUGGCAUAUCACGAAGCUGGUCAUGCUAUUUGUGGCUGGUUCUUGGAGUAUGCUGAUCCGUUGGUGAAGGUUUCCAUUAUUCCACGUGGUCAGGGUGCCUUAGGCUACGCCCAAUACUUACCCAAGGACCAAUAUUUGGUCUCAGAGGAGCAGUUUAAACAUAGAAUGAUCAUGGCACUCGGCGGAAGAGUUAGUGAGGAAUUACACUUUGAAUCGGUGACUAGUGGAGCUUCAGAUGAUUUCAAGAAGAUCACUCAAAUGGCUCAACUGAUGGUAUUACAGUUGGGAAUGUCCGACAAGAUUGGUAGCAUCUACUUCGACACUGGUAAUGAACAAGGAGGUUUCAAGGUGCAUAACACCUACUCUGAAAAGACUGCCAAGCUCAUCGAUGAAGAGGUAAAGCGCUUUAUUGACGAGGCUUACGACGCUUGCAAAAAACUUUUGACUGAAAAGAUUGAAUUGGUCGACAAGGUUGCAGAGGAGGUCUUCAAGAAAGAAGUUUUGACUCGUGAAGACAUGAUCAGAUUAGUUGGCCCACGUCCUUUCCCCGAGAGGAAUGAUGCUUUUGACAAGUAUAUCAAGGGCAACGAGGUAUACAAAGGCAGAGACCAAGACAACAAUCCUUCAGAAGCCGGUGGAGAGGCUACUGCUUGA